AGAGUUGUUGAAUGGCUUUCACAAAAAUGCUGAUACUGAUAUGAACAAUAAGGUCGAGGAUGAGGUGGUAACAGAUGGACAUAAGGAACUUGUUGGGAAUGGAAGCAGAGGUAACUCUUGUUAUGUUUUAGCAAAGAGACUGGUGGCAUUUUGCCCUGCCUUAGAGAUUUGUGGAACUUUGAACUUAAGAGAGAUGAUUUAGGGUAUCUGGCAGAAAAAUUUCUAAGCAGCAAAGCAUUCAGGACGUGACUUGGGUGCUGUUAAAGGCAUUCAGUUUUAUAAGGAAAGCAGAGCAUGAAAGUUUGGAAAAUUUGCAGCCUGACUAUGCAAUAGAAAAGAAAAACUCAUUUUUUAGGGAGAAAGUCAAGCUGGCUGCAGAAAUUUGCAUAAGUAGCAAGGAGCCUAAUGUUAAUCCCCAAGACAAUGGGGAAAAUGUUUUCAGGCCAUGUCAGACACUUUCAAGCAGCUCCUCCCAUCACAGGCCUGGAGGCCCAGGAGGAAAAAGGGGUUUUGUGGGCUAGACCCAAGAUCCUCAUGCUGUGUGAAGCCUAGGGACUUGGUGCCUUGUGUCCCAGCUACUCCAGUCAUGGCUGAAAGGGGCCAUUGUACAGCUCAGGUCGUGACUUCCAAAGAUGGAAGCCCCAAACCUUGAAAGCUUCCACAUGGUGUUGAGACUGCAGGUUCACAGAAGUCAAGAACUGAGGCUUGGGAACCCCUGCCUAGAUUUCAGAAGAUGCAUGGAAACACUUGGAUGCCCAGGCAAUAGUUUGCUGCAGGGGUGGGGCCCUCAUGAAGAACCUCUGCUAGGGCAGUGUGGAAGGGAAAUGUGGGGUUGGAACCCCACACAGAGUCCCUACUGGGGCACUGCCUACAGGAGCUGUGAGAAGAGGGUCACAAUCCUCCAGACUCCAGAAUGGUAGAUCCACUGACAGCCUGCAAUGUGUGCCUGGAAAAGCUGCAGACACUCGACACCAGCCUAUGAAAGCAGUCAGGAGGGAGGCUGUACCCUGCAAAGCCACAAGGGCAGAGCUGCCCAAGAUCAUGUGUUCCCACCUUUUGCAUCAACGUGACCUGGAUGUGAGAUCUGGAGUUAAAGGAGAUAAUUUUGGAGCUUCAAAAUUUGACUGCCCCAUGGGAUUUCAGACUUGCAAGGGCCUUGUAACCCCUUUGUUUUGGCCAAUUUCUCCCAUUUUGAAUGUCUGUAUUUACCCAAUACCUGUACCCCAUUGUAUCUAGGAAGUAACUAGCUUGCUUUUGAUUUUACAGACUCAUAGGCGGAUGGGACUUGCCUUGUCUCAGAAGAGAUUUUGGACUGUGAACUUUUGGGUUAAUGUUGAAAUGAGUUAAGACUUUGGGGGAGUAUUGGGAAGGCAUGAUUGGUUUUGAAAUGUGAGGACAUGAGAUUUGGAGGGGCAAGGGACAGAAUGAUAUGGUUUGGCUGUGUCCCCACCCAAAUCUUAACUUGAUUGUAUCUCCCAGAAUUCCCAAGGGUUGUGGGAGGAGCUCAGGGGGAGGUAAUUGAGUCAUGAGGGCUGGUCUUUCCCAUGCUAUUCUUGUGAUAGUAAGUCUUAUGAGAUCUGAUGGGUUUAUCAGGGGUUUCCGCUUUUGCUUCUUCCUCAUUUUCUGUUGCCGCCACCAUGUAUGAAGUGCCUUUCACCUCCUGCCAUGAUUCUGAGGCCUCCCCAGCCAUGUGGAACUGUAAGUCCAGCUAAAUCUCUUUUUUCCCCCCCAUUCUUGGGUAUGUUUUCAGCAGCAGCAUGAAAAUGAACUAAUAUACUACUCCUGCUAAUUUUUAGUUUCUAUUAACAUGGAAUAUCUUUUUCCAUUCCCUUAUUUUCAGCCUGUGUAUAUUUUUAUAGGUAAAGUUUUUUUCUUGUAGGCAAUAGAUCAUGGAUUUUUUUUUUUAAUUCAUUAAGCCACUCUGUGUCUUUUGAUUAGAAAGAUUAGUUCAUUUACAUUCCAUGCCAUUAUUGAUAAGUAAGGACUUACUUCUCCCACUUUGUUAGUUGUUUUCUGGUUCAUUUGUGAUCUUCCUUCUUUCCUUCCUGUCUUCCUCUUAGUGAAGGUGAUUUUCUCUAGUGGUAUUUUAAAUUAAUUUCUUUUUAUUUCUUGUGUGUCUGUUAUUUUUUAAUUUGGGGUUACAUUGAGGCUUGCAAAUAAUAUUUUAUAACCUAUUAUUUUAAACUGAAAACACUGAUUGCAUAAACAAGCAAACUCAUAAACCAGCAAAGAGAGAAGUGAUAAAAACUGUACAGUUUCACUCUGUCCCUCUGCUUUUAAACUUUUUCUUGUUUGUAUUUAUAUCUUAUUGUACUGUCUAUGUCUUGAAAUGUUGUAUUUUUUUAAUUGGUUCAUGUUUUAGUCUUUCUAUUGAAGAUAUGAGUAGUUUACACACCACAAUUACAAGGUUAUAAUAUUCUGUCUUUUUUUUGUGUAUUUACUAUUACCAAUGAGUUUUGUACCUUCAGAUGAUUGCUUAUUGCUCAUUAAUGUCCUUUCAGUUUAAAGAACUCUCUUUUGCAUUUCUGUAGGCAGGUCUAUUGUUGAUGAAAUCCUUCAGCUUUUGAUUUUUCUGGGGAUAUUUUUAUUUGUCCUUCUUGUUUGAAGUUUAUUUUUGCUGGAUAUACUAUUCUAUGAUUAAAAGGUUUUUCCUUUAGCAGUUUAAAUGUCUCAGUCUGGCUGGACUUAGUGGCUCAUGCUUGUAAUCCCAGCACUUUGGGAAGCCAAGAUAGGAGCACUGCUUGAGCCCAAGAGUUCAAGACCAACCUGGGCAACAUUAGGGAGAUGCAGUCUCUACAAAAAUAAUAAUAAAAAAAUUAGCUGGGUGUGGUGGCAUAUGCCUGUGUUUCCAGUUAUGCUGGAGGUUGAGACAAGAGGAUCGCUUGAGCCUAGGAGGUUGAGGCAGUAGUGAGCUGUGAUUAUGAUAGCGAACUUCAGCCUGGGCAACUGAGAUCCCUUUCUCAAAAAAAAAAAAAAAGUAACAAUAAAUAAGUAAAUAAACAUGUCAUACCACUCUCCUAGCCUGUGAAGUCUGCUGCCAGACAUAUUGGAGCAUCUUUGUAUGCCAUUUGUUUCUUUCCUCUUGCUGCUUUUAGUAUCCUUUCUUUAUCCUUUAUCUUUGAGGGUUUGAUUGUUAAAUGCCUUGAGGUAUUUUUCUUUUGGUUAAAUCUGUUUGGUAUUGUAUGACUUUCUUGUACUUGAAUAUUGGUAUACCCUUACUCUAGGUUUGGGAAGUUUUUUGUUAUUAUCCUUUUGAGUAAACUUUACACUCCUAUCUCUCUCUCUACCUUCUCUUUAAGGUCAAUAACUCUUAGAUUUGCGUUUUGAGGCUAUUUUCCAGAUCUUUUAGGAUUAAAAGAGUAAAAUUAAUAUCUAACAAAGGGACUGAAACUGACAAUGACCCAGGUUGUGUACCUCCUAUCAUUAAGAAGAGACAGUGCCGACCAGAGGUUAGAAUGUGGCAAACAAGAGAGAAAGCAAAGUUUUCAGAUGGAGAAAAGUGCCGUAGGGAGACUUUUAGGCAUUUGGGUAAUGGGGUAUCUGAUGACCUGUCAAGUGAGGAAGAUGGUGAAGCACAGACACAGAUGAUAUUAUUGCGUAGGAGUGUGGAAGGGGCCUCAAGUGACAAUGGCUGUGAAGUUAAGAAUAGAAAAUCAAUACUUUCAAGGCACCUCAACGCUCAGGUAAAGAAAACCACUACAGGAGGGUGUCAUAUUGUGCGGGAUUCAGAUAGUCUGGCAGAAUCAGAAUUUGAAUCAGCAGCCUUCAGCCAGUGCUCUAGAUCUGGUGUGAGUGGUGGCUCUCGAAGCCUCAAUAUGUCAAGAAGAGACUCAGAAAGCACCCGCCAUGACUCGGAGACUGAAGAUAUGUUAUGGGACGACCUGCUACAUGGCCCAGAGUGCCGGUCAUCUGUCACCAGUGACAGUGAGGGGGCCCAUAUGAGUACCCUUCACUCAGGGACCAAACGUGACCCGAAAGAGGAUGUUUUUCAGCAGAGCCAUUUAUUCUGGCUUCAGAAUUCAAGCCCUGCCUCUGACCGAGUUAGUGCAAUAAUCUGGGAAGGGAAUGAGUGCAAAAAGAUGGAUAUGUCUGUAUUGGAAAUAAGUGGCAUCAUCAUGAGCAGGGUCAAUGCAUAUCAGCAAGGAGUAGGUUAUCAGAUGCUGGGAAAUGUUGUCACUAUUGGAUUAGCAUUUUUUCCAUUCUUACAUCGACUUUUCCAUGAGAAGAACCUUGACCAACUGAAGUCCAUUUCAGCUGAGGAGAUCUUGACCCUCUUUUGCGGGGCACCACCUGUUAUACCUAUUAUUGUUUUGUCCAUAAUUAACUUUUUUGAAAGAUUGUGUCUUACUUGGAUGUUUUUUUUCAUGAUGUGUGUGGCAGAGAGAACAUAUAAACAGAGAUUUUUAUUUGCAAAACUCUUCAGCCAUAUUACUUCUGCCAGGAAAGCUAGGAAAUAUGAAAUACCUCAUUUCAGACUUAAGAAGGUGGAGAAUAUUAAAAUAUGGUUAUCACUGCGUUCCUAUCUAAAGAGACGGGGGCCACAGCGCUCAGUUGAUGUGGUUGUAUCUUCAGUCUUCCUGCUGACGCUUUCAAUUGCUUUCAUUUGUUGUGCUCAGGUUCUCCAAGGACAUAAAACUUUCCUGAAUGAUGCUUAUAACUGGGAGUUUUUGAUCUGGGAAACAGCUUUACUACUUUUCUUACUGCGUCUGGCCUCAUUGGGGUCUGAAACCAAUAAGAAAUACAGCAAUGUUUCGAUAUUACUUACAGAACAGAUUAAUUUAUAUCUUAAGAUGGAAAAAAAGCCAAAUAAGAAAGAACAGCUUACUCUAGUAAACAAUGUAUUAAAGCUCUCUACCAAGUUGUUGAAAGAGCUGGACACACCAUUUAGACUCUAUGGACUGACAAUGAAUCCCUUAAUCUACAAUAUCACAAGAGUAGUUAUCCUUUCUGCUGUCUCAGGUGUUAUAAGUGAUCUUCUAGGAUUUAAUAUAAGACUGUGGAAAAUUAAAUCAUAAGCUGAGUUAACUGCCUGGACUCUUCCCCUGGCUGGUAUCAAUACUUACCCAUUAAGGAAAGAGAUGACUGCAGAAACCAGUGAGAUACCCACCUGCUUGUUCACAUGCACGGGCGCUCUCAGCUCUGCCAAAGCCAAUGCAUGGUGUUUCCAGAGGAACAAGUCCUUUUCCAACUGGGCAUGCAUGCUAAAAACCUGUAUUUCCGUGCUUUUCAAACAGUAUGAAUAGUCAGCCAACUAAAGACUGUGUGUUAUGGUAACACAAGGACAACUUUCUAGUUAGGAAAUUUAUUCUGGGCACUUCAGUACUGUGACAGUUAUGUUUACAGGACAUAGUCUUUUGGGCAACUAUGGUAGAUGCCCAAAGCAUGAAGCACAUAUCUUUUAUUGGAAAUAUGCAAAUUCAAUACUUUUUCAUUACAGUCUAUAGAAUUGGAGAUUUCAUUUCUCUAUCAGAGAGAUCAAGCAAACUAUUUUAGGAUAAAUCCGAAUAAAAGAACUUUACUGGACAA